AUGUCCCUAUCUCAGUUGCAAAACUCGCUUUGCCAUACAACACGAUGGAAAACAUCCGAAACACUCUGUGCAUCGGUUCUGCUCUGUUUAUUUGAGCUGUUUGCUGGCACCACAACGCCAGAAAACUAUUUCCAUCACGCGCAAGGCAUUGGAACUCUCAUAGAGGCAAGGGGUCCACGCCAUGACUUAUGGAGCCCCUUCGAUAUCACGCUGAUCCAAGCCUCUCGAAGCACCCUGAUUGCCGCCUCGAUCUUUGGAGCAGGCCGCUGCCGUCUUACCAACAAAGAAUGGCGGUCCUUCUUCCGAGCCCACCCACCGGACUCUUUGCCAGAGGACCUACACGCCUUCUAUGAAGACUUUUAUGACCUCCUCUCAGAGAUGCCGAGUAUAGCCCACAAGGGCCAGGCCAGGCUCCGAGCCUUCGCUUCCUCUUCCUACGUCGAACCCGCGGAAGAUGAAUCUUUGCUCGCCCACACAAUCGCAGUCCAUCAGCGAUGGAAUGCUUGGAAUCAGCAGUUCAUCGCCAAGUUCCCCGCUCCUGUUGAGGUGCCCUCUCCGCGUGGCGACGAUCGAUUCCCCACGGUGUACAUGUACGAUGAUGCUUGGAGGGCUGCGGCUCAGAUAACGUACAAUUCGUGCCUUAUCAUCAUGAACCUGGUCUUCGCGCUCGUCGGGUACGGUGGAGAUCGUUCAGCGGAGGUGUCUGGAUCUGUAGACCGGAUCUGCAAAUCCGUAGAGAUGGCAUCGCAGGGAAUGUUUGGGCCAAAUCGAGUGGGGUUCGGAUUGAGGAUCGCCUACGAGGCAGCGUCCCCUGAGAUCCGUCUCUGGAUCGAAGGAUGGUUGAAAGAAUUUGACAGGAGCUAUGCGGCGACGAAUCACAAGGGCUACCCUACUACAACAGCAGCUGAUAUUCUCGGGAGGGGAUAG